AUGGCCACCGCCGCAGCUGUAGCAAAAGUCGGAAAAUCAGUGCACCGCAUUUUCGUGGGCAAUCUGCCGUGGACAGUGGGCCACCAGGAGUUGCGUGGCUACUUCCGCGAAUUCGGACGCGUGGUGUCCGCCAACGUGAUCUUCGACAAGCGAACGGGGUGCUCCAAGGGCUACGGCUUCGUUAGCUUUAAUAGUUUGGCCGCGCUGGAGAAGAUCGAGAACGAACAGAAGCACAUACUGGAGGGCAACUACCUCAACAUACAGAAAUCCUAG